AAAUUUAUUAAAGAUGGCAGCUGUUUAUUUAUGAAAACACUUUACUUCCUAACUCUUUGUUAGAAGUAAACAUCAGGGCAUUUUUAUUAUAAAGGCACUCAGUGUCAGAUUCAUUCAUCUUGCUAAUGCAAAAAUGGAAGAGAAAACAAACUUUCAAGCUUUGCCAUACACAGAGAUUAAACAGGAAUCCAGUGAGGAAUUUAAGUCUGAUGUUGCAACCAAUUACAUACAGAUAAAAGAUGAACCAAUGGGUGAAUUUAAACCUGAUGUUGCAACCAAUUACAUACAGAUAAAAGACGAACCAAUGGAUGAAUUUAAACCUGAUGUUGCAACCAAUUACAUACAGAUAAAUGAUAAACCAAUGGAUGAAUUUAAACCUGAUGUUGCAACCAAUUACAUACAGAUAAAUGAGAAACCAAUGGAUGAAUUUAAACCUGAUGUUUUAACCAAUUUUUCAAGUUUUAUUGAUAUGAAACCAUCUCUAUCUUUUAAGUGUGAGAAACAAGAAGUUUUGUCUGAACAACUAAACUCUAUGCCAGAUUUUACUGCUAGCAGAGAAAAUUUUCAGAUUGUUAAGUCUGAGGUGUUUAAUGAAUUAAAAGUUAUAAAUAUUAUGCUCAAUCAAUCAUUAGAUAAUGAGUCUUUAAGUAAUCAAUCAAUUAGUGCAGGAGAGGAGACUUGCCUAGAUCAAUUAUCUACUCGUAAAAGAAAAGGUCCUGUAGAGAAACCACAUGAAUGUGACAUUUGUCACAAAAAAUUUAUUAAAAAGUAUUUAUUAAUCAAUCAUGAAAGAACACAUACUGGUGAGAAGCCGUACGAAUGCGACAUUUGUUACAAAAGAUUUGCUAUAAAGUAUAUCUUAGAUGUUCACAAAAGAAAUCAUUCUGGAGAAAAACCACAUGAAUGUGACAUUUGUCAUAAAAAGUUUUCUGAAAAAAGUAAUUUAUCUGUUCACAAAAAAAUUCACUCUGCAGAAAAGCCACAUGAAUGUGACAUUUGUCAUAAAAAAUUUAUUAAAAAGUAUUUAUUAAUUAUUCAUGAAAGAACACAUACUGGAGAGAAGCCAUAUGAAUGUGACAUUUGUCAGAAAAAGUUUGCUCGAAAGUAUAUCUUAAAUGUUCACAAUAGAAUUCAUUCUGGAGAAAUGCUAUUGGAAUGUGACAUUUGUCAUAAAAAGUUCAAUCGUAGGAACACUUUGUUAGUUCAUAAAAAUAUUCAUUCUGGAGAAAAGCCUCAUGAAUGUGACAUUUGUCAUAAAACGUUUACUCAAAAGUUUCAUUUAUUGUCUCACAAAACACUUCAUUCUGGAGAAAAGCCAUAUGAAUGUGAUAUUUGUCAUAAAAAGUAUACUCAAAAGAAUAUAUUAGCAACUCAUAAAAAAAUUCAUUCUGGAGUAAAGAGUUUUGAAUGUGACAUUUGUCAAAAAAGGUUUUCACAAAAGUGGUAUGUAGCUGUUCAUAAAAAAAUACACUCUGACAUACGACCAUUUGAAUGUAACAUUUGUCAUAAAACUUUUGUUGAUAAUUUUUUUUUAUCUUCUCAUGAGAUAACUCACUCUGAAGAAAGACCACAUGAAUGUGACAUUUGUCAUAAAAAAUUUAUUGAAAAAAAAUCUUUAAAUGCUCAUAAAAAAAUUCAUUCUGUGGAAAAGCAAUUUGAAUGUGACAUUUGUCAGAAAAGGUUUUCACAUAAGAAUAAAUUAUAUGAUCAUAAAAUAAUUCAUUCUGGGGAAAAGCCAUUUGAAUGUGAUAUAUGUUGUAAAACAUUUGCUCGUAAGUACACAUUAACAGUUCAUAAAAGAGUUCAUUCUAGAGAAAAACCAUAUGAAUGUGACAUUUGUCAUGAAACAUUUACUCGAACAAACACAUUAUCUGCUCAUAAAAAAAGUCAUUCUGAAGAUAAGCAAUAUGAAUGUGACUUUUGUCAAGAAAAGUUUACUCAAAAAUUGGAUUUAUCUGCUCAUGAAAUAAUUCAUUUAGAAGAAAAACCACAUGAAUGUACCAUUUGUCAUAAGAAGUUUGCUAAAAGAUACCUUUUAACGGUUCAUGAAAGAAUUCACUCAGUGGAAAAACCAUAUGAAUGUGACAUUUGUUAUAAAAAGUUUUCUGAAAAAAAAAAUUUAUCAGUUCAUGAAAGAAUUCAUUCUGGAGAAAGGCCACAUGAAUGUGACAUUUGUCAUAAAAGGUUUACUAGAAAAAAAUAUUUAUCUGUUCAUAAAAGAAUUCAUUCUGAAGAAAGCUAUGAUUGUGACAUUUGUCAUAAAAAGUAUACUCGAAGGUAUGACUUAACUGUUCAUCAAAGAAAAAUACAUUAUGGAGAAAAAACUACAUGAUCAUAAUAUUUGUCAUCAAAAGGUUUUACACAAUUAUUAUCUAUCUUGUUUAUUUUAAAUGCAUCCUGGAAAAAAUGACAUUUUCAUAUAUCAUGUGUUGUUAAAAGUUAACUGGAAAAAAAUAUCUGUUCGUAUUGUAUAUAAAAAAAUCAUUCUGAAGUUAAACCAUAUGAAUGUGAUAUUUAUAUUCAACAUUUACACAUACAUAGUAAAAUUCACUUUAAUGAAAUAAAAAUGAAAUAGUGUGUUAUAAAAAUGUACGGUUUAAAAAAAAGCUAGUUUGUUUAUUGUCUGCAUGCUAAUAUUGCUAAAUAUUUCACAUGACUUGAUUUAUAAUUUAUAUGUUUUUGUAAAUCAGUAAUUUGUCAAAUGUAAUAUGUCAUGUAAUAUUUAAUAUUUAAUAAUGUAUUAUUUAAUAUUAUAUCAAUCUAGAAUAAAACUGUUUGUUGUAAAAAGAUAGUCUUGAAUUACUUGAAACUUUGAAAUAAAUAUUUAAAUUAAAUUUUUAGAUAUUUGCUAGAUUUUAGGGAACUGAGAUUUCACAGGUGUGGCAAGUGACCUAAUUAUUUUGUCUGUUCAGUCCAAAAAAUUCUGACCUUUAAACAUAUGAUAGUAUUACACCGUUUUUAUAGCUGUACAAAAUGUACACUAGGCUUAAAAAAAAAAAUUACCUUUCGUGGAAACGUUAUGAGUGGUGCAUCUGAGUUUUAUUUUAAUUUGCAUUUUUAGUUCAUUGAUUUAAAAGAAAACAUGUUUUUUUGUGUGUGUUGCUAAUGAGUUGGCUUCUAAUUUCUAUAUAGUAGGCUAUAUGACUGUAAGAGUUGCUCUUUUGAAAAUAAAUAUUGCACUUUUAAUUUGAGAGUGAUUGUACUCGGGCUGUUUAGUUGUUCAACCUGUAUGAAAUAUGCUGUAUAAAAAUGAUCGAUUGUUUGGCGUCCAGCGUCCUCUAGCAGCAAUCUUACUACUUGUUAUAUGGUAUCCGUUGUUUGGGCGUCCAGUAUACGGGGUUGUGGGUGCUACUAAGUUCAACGGUAAAACUGCACCAGG